GGACAAGAAGUUGCCCAUUUCUUCCAUCUUCCCUCUCCUCCUCCUCCUGCUCUUCUUCUUCCCUGCUCUUCUUCUUCUUCUUCCUCCUCCCCAUCUUCACCCACUCUGGUGGUUGCAGCAGCAGCAGCAGAGCAGAGUGCAGACGAAGUCGUAACGUGAAGGAUACACGGAAAUAAUAAUUAUUAAAUAAAUAUAUAAAUUUUUUACGGAGAAAAUUCAUAGACCGUUGAUUCCAUGAGAGGAUAGAAUCAGAGGACGGGAAAAUAACAGUGUGCGACCGCCGACUGUGAGUGGAAGAAGGGAAGGGAAAUGAGGAGCUGUGCGCUCUGCAAGGUCCAGGCGAAGACCUUCUGCGAGUCUGACCAGGCCGCCCUCUGCUGGGACUGCGAUGCCAAGGUCCACGGCGCCAACUUCCUCGUGGCCAGGCAUUCACGGACCCUCCUUUGCCACGCCUGCCAGUGCCCCACCCCGUGGACGGCCUCGGGCGCGAAGCUCGGCCACACGGUCUCCGUUUGCGACGACUGCUUCAACGGAGUGCGGGCCGGCGAAGGCGCCGAGGAGGGGAGCGGCGGCAACGACGACGACAUGCGGGACGACGAGGGCGACGCUGAUCGCGACGGUAGUGACGCCGAUGACGACGGUGAUGAUGUGAUGGAAGACGAGGAUGACGGAGGCGCUGAGGAUGAGGACGGCGGCGGCAGCAGCGAGGGGGGAGGCGACGAGGACGGGGAUAAUCAGGUGGUGCCGUGGUCGUCGACGACCCCUCCGCCGGCAGCGAGUUCUUCGAGUAGUGAUGAGUCGGUGAGUCGGUUAUAUUUGGGUGGUAAGCGUGAAGGGGUUAGAGCUUCGUCUUCCUCGAAGCGAACGCGUGGGAGUUCAGCAGAUCUUUGCUCGCAGGAGGAUCUCAGCGACUCGUCUUCUCGAGGAAAAUCGGGGAAGACGUUAAUGUCGUCCAAGGGUCGAGCAGCUACCUCGACCGGCCAUCUGAUGGCCCGGAGAGUUCGACCUCGACCGGUGAUAAAUCGUAUCCAUCGCGGUUAUUACGAUUGACAGGUUUUAAGCACGGCCCGAUUUGAUCUUUAUAUUAAUGUUAACUCGUUAGGCAGCAGCUCUGUUAUUCGCAGAAAGUGUGCGAGAAGAAUGUAAUUCAGAUUCAUAUUGGUAGCAGUCAGCAGCUUAGUGCUAUAUCAAAGGUUGAUUGAGGCAGAACAUCACCGCUCCGGUAUCCCAUUUAUGCUCUUUUGCUCGUUCGGCACGAGUUAUGAAUGCGCGAGGCGUGAUCGGAAGAUGAAAUCGUUCUGUUUUCUGGGAAAGAAAUUUUUUUGUUUUUUUUUCCCCUUCCGGAAAACAGCCCUUUUCACGGUUUUGAUGGAAUUAUAGCCGGAAAAUUCUUGUGGGUCGUUUUCGAUAUGGAAUGCGACUGCUGGAGCGGGUUACGGUUCAUGUCAUUCCACUUGUCCGGAGGAUUGUCGUCCCAGUUAGGUCAAGCUGUCCGUAGCCAUGGAUUUGGUUGGCGGGGUUGAGGGCCGGGCUACUUUGUCCCGAGGAGAUGAAUCUUUAUUAAAAGAAAAGGUCAGAGGAGAGGCGUUGAUAGUUGACCCAAUUUGGACCAUAAGUUUUAUAUUCUUCUGUCAUUUGUAAUGUCAAAAUGUGUGUGUGUGGCAGUUUUAUCAUCAUCCCAAUAGCCUCCCUAUUAUUAAAAAAAAAUAAAAAAAAAAAAUAGAGUCUGUACCCUAACCGGAAAUGGAGACCAUCCUUCCAAGAGACCUUGGGACUGUUGAAUUCAGGCCUUCUUAUAUAGAGAGCUCUCUCCCCGUCCAACGAUCUGGAAUAAUAGUAUUUUCAACGGUGAAA